CCGAACCCCGACGCUCAGGCUCGAAGCGGCGAUCCUCAGGCCAGCACGCUGAGCCCAGCCCAAGCGCUGGCCUGGCCACCCGCCUGCAGCCGUCGCUGCCAGAGCUCCCGAGGACAGGCCCGCGGCGGGGAGGAGCAAGGACAUGAAUGUGGAAGCCAAGUACCGCCAGGCCUCCCUGUACGUGGGCGACCUCCACGCGGAGGUCACCGAGGACCUGCUGUUCAAGAAGUUCAGCGCCGUGGGGCCCGUGCUGUCCAUCCGCAUCUGCAGGGACCUGGUCACCCAGCGCUCGCUGGGCUACGCCUACGUGAACUUCCUGCACCUGGCCGAUGCCCAGAAGGCCCUGGACACGAUGAACUUUGACAUGAUCAAAGGCAAGUCCAUCCGGCUCAUGUGGUCCCAGCGCGACGCUUACUUGAGGAAAUCGGGCAUCGGGAACGUGUUCAUCAAGAACUUGCACAAGUCCAUUGAUAACAAAACGCUGUAUGAGCACUUCUCGGCCUUCGGGAAGAUCCUGUCCUCCAAGGUGAUGAGUGACGACGCAGGCUCCCGGGGCUACGCCUUCGUGCACUUCCAGAGCCAGACGGCCGCGGACCGCGCCAUCGAGGCGAUGAACGGGGCGCUGCUCAAGGGCUGUAGGCUGUUCGUCGGCCCGUUCAAAAACCGCAAAGAUCGGCAGGCUGAGCUCCAGAAUAAAGCCAAUGAAUUCACCAAUGUCUACAUCAAAAACUUCGGAGACGACAUGGACGAUGAGAGACUGAAGGAGAUUUUCAGUCAUUUCGGCAAAAUCCUGAGCGUUAAGGUGAUGACAGAUUCCCGUGGGAGAUCCAAAGGCUUUGGCUUCGUGAGUUUUGACAGCCAUGAGGCUGCCCAGAGGGCUGUGGAAAUCAUGAAUGGGAAGGACUUGAGUGGACAGCCGCUUUUCGUAGGCCGGGCACAAAAGAAAGCAGAGCGUCAGGCCGAGUUAAAGCUAAUGUUUGAGCAGAUGAAACAGGAGAGAUACCGGAGGUUCCGGGGCGUGAAGCUCUAUAUCAAGAACCUGGAUGACAGCAUCGAUGAUGAACGUCUACGGAGAGAAUUUUCUUCAUUUGGAUCAAUUAGCAGAGUUAAGGUCAUGAAGGAGGAAGGACGAAGCAAAGGGUUUGGCUUGAUCUGCUUCUCCUCUCCAGAGGAAGCCACUAAAGCAAUGGUUGAGAUGAAUGGCCGUAUUUUGGGCUCCAAGUCCCUCAACAUUGCCCUGGCCCAGAGGCCCUAGGAGAGCACGACUCACCCCCAUCAGCCUGCGGGAGCCGUCCCUGAGGGGAAGAUAGAAAUCUCAGCCUGAAUUGUCCUCCGUCAAGUUCAGAUCCCACCUUGAUGGCUGCUUAGCUUUGUAAACUUUGUGGUAAAAGAUUUUGUCUAUAAAGCUGUUUUUUGUUGUCGUUGUCGUUGUUGUUGUUGUUGUUGUUGUUGUUUUGGUGAAAAAAUGAAUCUUAGAAGGUCGGUUCAUUUUACAGAGGCACAUCUUUUUAUUAUAAUAUAUUUUUUUUACUGAGUUUGAUGCAUUAUUCAUAGCAAUAUGUAUAAUUACAUAUAUUUUUAUUAGACAUUUUGAACCAACUAAAGUGAGGUAAUUCAGUUUAUUACAUAUUUUCUUAUUUAAUAAUAUUGCUAGCUUUAAUUUCAUCUAUGACAGUAUGCUCAAAAUAGUUAUUUUAACUAAGCAUCGCAAA